AUGGAAGAAGAAUUUUGUUCAAAUACUUCAUCACCUUCUGGACUCCCUUCAUCUUCUUCUACAGCCACAAAUAGUUUGGUUAGUUCAGAAAAGAAGGAAAAAAAAAAUGAGCGUUUUCGUUAUGGAAAUUUUAAUCGUUAUUAUGGUGUGAGGACGAAAGGAUUUGAUCACGAUCCCCGUUUGGAUAUAUUACCAAAAGAAUGGUUUAAUAAAAAAAGAAUUUUGGAUGUUGGUUGUAAUGCUGGACAUUUAACUUUGGAAAUUGCAAAGGAAUUAAAACCUUCGUGGAUUUUAGGAAUUGAUAUUGAUGAUCAUUUAAUUGGGGUUGCUAGAAAAAAUAUUAGACAUUAUUUUGAAUGUAAUGAUGGAGAUGGACAAGAGUUUAUUGGAAAAUUCCCAGUAUCUAUAAAAAAUUACAAUGUUUGGUUUUCUCGAGAGAAUUAUGUAUUAGAAUCUGACGAAUAUCUUGAAAUGAUAAGAGAAGAAUAUGACGUUAUUUUGGCCUUAAGUAUUUCAAAAUGGAUACAUUUAAAUUGGGGGGAUGAAGGAAUUAAAAGAUUUUUUAAAAGAACUUUUAAACAUUUAAAUAGAGGUGGACGUUUACUAUUAGAAUUGCAGGAUUGGUCAAAAUAUUACAAACGAGCAAAAACAACGCCAGAAAUGUUUGAGACUUACAAAAAUAUCAAAUUUAAACCCGACCAAUUUAAAAAUUAUUUAAUUAAUGAAGUUGGAUUUGUAGAAUGUCAACAAUUGGGAAUUCCUAAAGCUGUGACACGAGGGUUUGAAAGGCCUAUACUUGUCUUUCAAAAAGGAAAUAAUUUAAAUAGUAGAAAGCGGCAAUUAAUUGAGGAUAAACAAGAAAACGGCCAAAAACUUUCGGAAAAGAAAUUUUGUUAG